AGUGCUACAUUGACCCAGCAACUGGGCACAAGUGUUAUUCAAAGCCAGAGCUGUCUCGAUAUCUCGAUGGUGUAAAGUGCAACAGUGGCAAAACGAAGGAGGACAUUGGCUCUAUUAGCAACGUUGUGGAUGAGACUAUCUCUGUGGAAGGGCUACCACCAGGAUGGAUUAAAGCAAUAAGGACUAGGAAAUAUGGGAAUGGUAAAAGGAAAGACCCGUAUUACAUUGAUCCCAAAAGUGGAUACAUGUUCCGUUCCACAUUGGAUGCUAAGCGAUAUCUGGACACUGGUGAUAUUGCUAUAUGCAAAAUCAAGCCACAGAAAAGGGACAUGGAUAUGGUGCCGAAAAAUGAUGACGUCUGGGUAAGGAUGCCUUUGUUUGUAAUCAAAUUACUUGGUGCUUUAUUGUUGCUGCAGUUUUUAUCAAUUCCCUUCUGUAUCCCGUUUCCAAAUGUUCCAGUUUCACACGUCCCUUUUAUUUGAAAGCACAGGUGGUGGUCACUGGUGGAGUAUUAGUACUUUUUUAUAAGACGUUCAUAUGAGUACUAGUUGAUCUUAUCUUGGACAAAUGUUGUAAAGAUAUAUCUGUAUGCUGCAGGGGUAAUGCACGGUUGCAUUAAAAAACUUAAUCUGAGGCAAAGCCGCAAAGCUAAAGUUAGAAUUAUUACCUGUUUAUUUUAAUAUUAACACUUGCAUGUACAACAGUACAGGCACUUUGCUUCCAGUAUUGUCAUACUUGGUGAAUGUACAUGCACUCCGGCAAAUGCAGAGGAACUUGCACCUACACACACUUGAAUACGGAGACGCCUAUAAAUGCACAAUACACAAGGCGGACUUAGUAUUCCAUUUAUCAUGUCUCUUUGUGCUUUUCUCUUUUUGCUUGGCACUUUAUGCUCUCACCUUGAAUUGCCAUGUGUAGACAAUGAAUGAGACCAUACAACAUCCUCCAACUUUAGAAAGAUUAUCAUUGAAGCUUUUUUUUUUAAAUAGAUCUUUCUUUGGGCAGUAUUAUUAUUUGCCUGGUGAUACCUUUUCUAUCUCAUUUAUUUUUUGGUAUGUUGCAGUGCUACAUUGAUCCAGUGUCUAGAAGCAAAUUUUACUCAAAGGCAGAGCUGUCUCAAUAUCUUGAAACUGUAAAGUGCAACAAUGGAACACCCAAAGAGAAGGAAAUAGACACUGGUUCUAUUAGCAAUUCUGCAGUGAAAAUAGAUGAAUCUCCUGAGUGGUUACCUCAUGGAUGGAUUAUGGAAGUGAAAACUAAAAAGAAUGGUUCACAAUACAAGUGCUAUAUUGACCCAGCAACUGGUCACAAGUGUUAUUCAAAGCCAGAGCUGUCUCGAUAUCUCAAAGGUGUCAAGUGCAACAGCGGCAAAACCAAGGAGGACAUUGGCUCUAUUAGCAACGUUGUGGAUGAGAUUCUCUCUUUGGAAGGGCUUCCACCAGGAUGGAUUAAAGCAAUAAGGACUAGAAAAUAUGGGAAUGGUAUAAAGAAAGACCCGUAUUACUUUGAUCCUGAAAGUGGAUACAUGUUCCGUUCCACAUUGGAUGCUAAGCGAUAUCUGGACACUGGUGAUAUUGCUACAUGCAAAAUCAAGCCACAGAAAAGGGACAACAACGAUAUGGUGGCACCGAAAAAUGAUGACAUCUGGUGCUACAUUGAUCCAGCAACUGGAAGCAAAUUUUACUCGAAGGCAGAACUGUCUAAGUAUCGCGAAACUGUACAGUGCGACAGUGGAACAGCCAAAGAGAAGGAAAUAGACAUUGGCUCUAUUAGCAAUUCUGCAGUGAAAAUAGAUGAAUCUCCUGAGUGGUUGCCUCGUGGAUGGAUUAUGGAGGUGAAAACUAAGAAGAGUGGUUCACAAUACAAGUGUUACAUUGAUCCAGCAACUGGGUACAAGUGUUAUUCAAAGCCAGCGCUGUCUCGAUAUCUCAAAGGUUUUAAGUGCAACAGUGGCAAAGCCAAGGAGGACAUUGGCUGUAUUAUCAAUCAUGACCUUGGUGGUUCAACUGGAGAGGAGUCCUCUUUGAAGCCAGAUGUUUCUCAAAUUAGCAAAGAUGUUGUGGACAAGACACUCUCUCUGGAAGGGCUACCACCAGGAUGGAUUAAAGAGAUAAGGAAAAGAAAAUACGCGAGUGGUACAAAAAAAGAUCCGUAUUACAUUGAUCCUGAAAGUGGAUACAUGUUCCGCUCCACAUUGGAUGCUUUGCGAUAUCUGAAAACUGGUGGUAUUGCUACAUGUAAAAUGAAACCAAAGAGAAUGGACGUCAACGAUAUGGUGCUUAAACAUGAGGACAUCUGUGCUCCAUCCGCAGUUGGAGGGAAGAAAAGGAAGCAUUCUACUUCCAAAAGACGACUAUUUGAAGGUAAAGAAAGAAGCGGUAGUAGUGGCUUAGCAGCAUUCGAAGCCAAGAGCUCAAAGGAAAGGCGAACCAAUGGUUUUAAGAGAAAACAUGGUUUGACAGUGUCUGAAAACGGGUCUGCUUCUACUCCUGCAACUGAUAUUUUUCCAGAGGAGACAUUGCCCCAGAAUGUGAUGGAAGAGAAUAGCAAGAAAAAGACGUGGAUUGGCUCGAGGAAUUCCAUGGAAAGAGGGCUUAGGCGAACUUCAAAAAGGCUUGCUGGGAUUAAACCUGAGAUUCAGGACAAAUUGGAAUCAAGUGAAAGUGCUCUGGCUGCAGCCAGGAAGUCCACUGAAAUAGAAGCCAAUCCAUCUCCCACUUUGGUCCUGGAUGGUGCAGCUAAUAGAGUGCCCGAGCUUGUGACAGAGCUAGAAGCAGAGACCACAAAAGGUCAUGCUUCCAUAGACAAAGAAGCUGUGUUGGAUAUAGAACCAUCGAUCGAAAACAAAAGGCCUGUGGAUAUAUCGCAAGUGUCACUAGGAAUGCAGACAACUGAGAAACAAGAUGAGGGGAAGCCAGAAUCCCAAGAUUCUCGAGGCUUAUAUUCAUUGGGAGACUCUUGGUCAGAUCCAUGUCUAGACUUUGCAUUCAAGACUCUUACAGGGGCAAUACCAGUUGAAGAUAAUCCAAUUCAGGGGCAUCUCCAGCAACAACCUGACCCUUCUUCUAUCCAAGAAGAGGGUUGUUUUGGACUGCCCGAGUCUGGCAUGCCCAGCUUUUUCCAAAAUGAUGUUCCAGCUCAGGUUGAUUCACCCGAGAAACGUGUGCCCCCGCUGAAUCCUGCAUUCGUGCCCCAGGGAAAUGCCAACAUACCCGGCUGCAGCUGGCUUCGUCCUCAGCAACCUAGCUUGGACCCGGGGACCAGCAACAUCAGACAAGGGUGAAAAUAAGAGGUUGGCAAAUUUUGCCCUCUAGGUGCGCUAGCUUAUGAAGCUGAAAGAUGGAUAAUUUUUUGCAGAGAACAUACAGCUUGCUAGCUAUAAACCCUGGAUAAUGUUUUGGCACCUGUUAAAUAUUUUCUUUCGAAUCUGUGCUUUUUCCUACAUCCUUUAAUGUGGUAAUCGAUAUCUUGAGAUGCCACCAGGUUGAAGCCAAUCGUGGAAAAAUUAAAAGAUAAAAGAGAUUUCUAACACUACAAGAAUUAGG